UCUUUCCUGUAGACAAGACAAAAUUGAACAUGAAUCCUUCAGCUGCCUAUGAUUUGCUGGUGGAUGGUGUCCAGGACUGGGAUCUUAUCGGUGACUCUGUUCCUUGUGAGCUGCUGCUCACUGGCGAGACUGCCUUCCCAGUGCUGGUGAACCCCCGGGGGCAGGUCCUGAUUGCCACCUCACAGUAUGGGAAAGGCCGGAUGGUGGUCGUCUCUCAUAAGAGCUAUCUGGGGAGUCCCAAGAUGGCUCAGUUCCUACACAAUGCUGUGGGCUGGCUCAGUGCCUCCCCAGGAGCGGUGGUUGGUGUCCAGAAGAGCUUGAGCUCCCUGCUGAGCAUUCUCAGUAGUUCUGGCACCCAAGUGGAGCCAAGUACGGAGCUCAUUGCCUCGUUUGGGGUUUACUGUAUGGAUGCCUAUGAUGCUGCACAGGGGAGGGAGCUGAUCCAGUUUGUGAAGAGAGGAGGGGGUCUGCUCAUUGGAGGUCAGGCUUGGCACUGGGCCUCUGGACACAAGACAGAGAGAGUGCUGUUCGAUUUCCCUGGGAACCAUGUAACCAGCGUGGCAGGAGUUUAUUUCACUGAUGUAUAUGGUGAGACGGGGAUCUUCAGCAUCUCAGACGAAGUGCCUGCAAUUCCCUUGAUCGCUCCGCAUGGGCUAGAUUUAGCAGACUUAAACUUUCUCCUAAGAGGUGUGUCAGAGCUAGACAUAGUGACAGAUGGGGUCCCCUCUCACCUACUGGUCCAUGGCACACUGGCCUUCCCCCUUGGCUUGGACUGCGCCCAUCAAUUCUUUUUUGCAGCAGCUCAUUAUGGCCGGGGCCGUGUGGUGCUGACUACACAUGAGGUCCUUCUUGGCACCCCAAAACUCACAGAUUUCAUCCUCAAUGCCAUUCACUGGCUGGGUGCUGAGAAGAGAGGGAGAAUUGGCAUCAAUCCCAAUCUGAAGAACCUUCAUGACCUGCUGACUCAAAGACAGGUGGUGUGCGAGAUCUCAGAGUUUACCGACAAUCUCAGCAUUUACUGCUGCCAGUCCUACAGUGACAAUGAGGCCAAGAAGAUCCAUGAGUUUGUGGCAGAAGGAGGAGGUCUGCUGAUUGGAGGUCAGGCUUGGUGGUGGGCUUCUCAGAAUGAGGGCCAAAAUGUUCUGGCUGAAUAUCCUGGCAACAAAAUCCUCAAUGGGUUCGGGAUUAGCAUUCUGGGGGAAACCAUGGAGGCAGGCAAAUACCCAGCGUUACGACCCGAAGAUCAGUGGGGACAUUACCACUUCCACAGGGCACUCGCUCAGUUCCAGCAGCACUUAGAGAAGAAGGAGGAACUCCAGCCCCCAGUGACAGGCUGGCUUCAGAAACUGAGCCAGGAUUGUGCCAAAGUCCUUCAGAUCCCAGUCAAAAAUGGCCACGUCUGUGCCUCAUUGUACCACAUCCUAUAUGAGAUGGUGCAGAGCAAUGGGAUCCCACCGGUGAGCAAGGAACACCCAGUCAAGGGGAACUCCCAGGAGGUCAUGCUGCUUCACGUGGCUACAGCAUUAUGCCAAACCAUGUCCGACUGUGAGAGGCUAGCACUCUGUGAACUCCCCACAGUCCCUAGCACCACUGUGGAAAUCAACUGCACAAACUCAGGUGAUGCAGCAUGGAGGAGCACAGGACUUUACCUUCCGCGUGGGAACACAGUGACCUUUAUAUUUCCUAGCACUGUUACUGGAGUUGGCCUGCAGGUGCAGAUUGGGUGUCACUCAGAUGACCUCAGCAGAGCAGAGGAGCUGAAACGCCCCCCUGUGGUGAUAUGCAGAUGUAACAUCAAAGAUCAAAAGAUGUCAGUCUCCUCUCUCUGGGGGGGCCUCAUUUACAUCAUAGUGCCAAAGGGAAGCCAGCUGUGGGGAGUGUCGAUUACUGUAAAAGGAGCUGUGCAGGCUCCUUUCUUCAGGUUUGGAAAGACAUCUAAGAGCCAGUGGCUGACCUGCAUCCAUCACUAUCCAGCUCCCUGGGCAGAACUAGCUACCCAGAAUAUCAUCUUAAUGGUGCCUGCUGACAGCAUCCGUCCCAUAGACGAUCCAGAGCCUUUGCUGACCCUCUGGGAGUGGAUUAUGGCAGCUGUAGCUGAGCUGGGUGCUACAGGAGCCACGUUCCCUCGACCAGAAAGGAUUGUAGCGGAUGUUCAGAUCUCAGCCGGCUGGAUGCACUCUGGCUACCCAAUUAUGUGUCAUUUGGAUUCAGUAAAGGUGUUGGUGAACAUGGAAUACAUGCAAGCGAAUGGCCUUUGGAGUCCCAUCCAUGAGCUGGGACACAACCAGCAGCGGGCAAGCUGGGAAUUCCUCCCUCACACUACUGAGGCCACCUGCAACCUGUGGUCUGUCUAUGUGCAUGAGAAGGUGCUGGGGAUCCCCAGGGACAGAGCCCACGAAGAGCUACAGUUGAAGAACCGCAAGAAGAGAAUCAGCGAUUACCUUGGGAAAGGAGCCCAGCUACAGGACUGGGAUGUUUGCACCGCACUGGAGACCUACCUGCAGCUGCAGGAAGCCUUUGGCUGGGAAUCUUUCAUCCAACUCUUCUCUGAAUACCAGACAGUGUCUAACAUCCCCACAGACAACCCUUCCAAGAUGAACCUGGGGGCAGAGAAGUUCUCUCGGCAGGUGAAGAAGAAUCUGGCCCCUUUCUUUGUGGCUUGGGGCUGGCCCAUCAAGGGGGAAGUCUCUAAGAAGUUCGCAUCUCUGCCCAACUGGGAUAAGAACCCAAUGAAGAAAAUGUGAUGCUUUAUUCACAUGGAAUGGUGGCUGUAAUUUUUAGAGAUAAUUCAGAGUCGCUUGUCUUUCCUAUAAGGCUGGAUUCAAAUCUGUAUGGUGCAAGUUUAUUAAUUAUCUGUUUCAUACUUGUUGGUAUUUGUGAAAUAAGUUGCCUUUGCCAUGUAAGGUAUAGUUAGUAUAUCUAUAUCUGGGACCUUUCACCCAGAUAGAAAAGUUGACCUACAUAUUGAGACCUUUCACCUAAAUAGCCUGUCAACACUCACACACACGUCUAAGACCUUUU